AUGCCCGUCGCGGCGUAUCGAGGUACCUUUCACUUCGUCAACAAAGACGCCUCCAACCUGAAUAAAAGGGAUGCCGAAGAGGCAUUUUCAAUCAGUUCCCACGUCACUAACAAAUACUAUCGCUGGGCGAAGAGUAAUCGACACGUCGGUGCGAGUCGUGGGACUUCAUUGAGCCGCAAUCCCAACAUUGUGGGAUUUCCAGAUGCACACCUGGAUUCAAGAGAUGCGGACAAUGAUAGCUACGUCGGCUCUCUCAACGAUGAAGCCUCUAUACGGAUGAUAUGCUGGCAGCUCGGAUCGGGCACAAAUCCUUCCACGCGUGGCUCUGCGAGUCCUCCCGGCUCACCUGAAUCUGCCGAUCAGAUAUGCUCAGACAGUGAGACCGACGACCAAUACUUCAGGCCAGAACUUUGGCCCGGCAGGGUAAUCCGAGAAGAGUCGCCAAUGAUUCCAAAGCAACCCGACUGGGAUGCUCCUGACUGGGCAGCAUGUCCUCGUUUUCAAAAAGAGGCCCUGGAAAUCUUUCGUGGCUUCCUUCUUUCCUUCAGCAGCAUCAAUACACCCAGCAAUGUUUCUCGCAGGUCCAUGGAGCUCGGUUGGCGCCAAAGAGCAAACGAUCUCGUGACUGACAAGAAAUGUCUGCACGGCUGGUAUGCAAGUGUCCUUACGCUGAAGGCACAUUUCAUGCAGCCCGAAUGCUACAAUUUUCUCUACCCAAUGGCGUUGAAGCAUCAAAACAGGAGCCUGUUGUUGCUUCGAGAGCACAUCCGCCAAGACUCGCGACCUUCGGAGAGCUUGAUCAUGUGUAUCUGGUGCAUUGCGACGAUGGCGUUCUACUCCGGCGACCUGGAGGCAAACAUGGCGCACGCGUCGGCCUUGUGGGAGGUCGUAGAUGGCCUCGGCGGGGUCGAUAAGCUCAGUCCCGAUACUCGAGCGCAAGUUAUCCUUGCAGACAAUGGCCAUUCGAGAUUCACGCUCACGAGGCCACGCCUUGACUACACAUUCUUCGAUCCUGGGUCCUUCCAACAGCAACCCGAAUUCGAGCAGUACGGCGAUUUGCUGUCCGACACGGAAUUUCAACGCUGGGAUGAGACAUUCCUACUGCCCGAAGACGAAAUAUCCAACAAUCUCGAAAGUUAUGUUAACAUGCACCGGGAGUUCAUGGCUGCGCAUGGUCUCAUUAGCAAGCUUCUUUGUGAGAGAAAAGGUGAGCAUGCAGUGGACGUCAUCUUCAGCUGGCUUCACCGUCGGCGCGCGGCGUUGAGCUCCUGGACGAUGAGCCUGUAUUGCGAUAUCAUCGAGACCAUCACUCCGCGAACGCGCGUUUCCCGGGCGGUUCGUAGGCAGUUACAGGCAUGCAUGUGCCUCGCUGUGUCCUAUGCCAUGUCUUUUGUCUAUGGCUUCACACUCCCACUGCAGAAAUGGCUGCUUUAUAUCCCUGUCCAACAUCUGCGACCUCAGAUCGAAAUCUUACUGAGAUACAUGGCGAAGCGGGGGACGCUGCCUUCAACAAGGCCAGCCUCAUCCUCAAUUCCAUCUUUCUCGAGGAUGCCUACGCCUCCAUUUGCCAUCUCUCACCACGAACCUCUCCUGUUUCUCUUCUUCGUCGGCGCCUGCGCUGAACAGGUCUCGGACGAAGCGGGCAAGAGGCCAGAGCUUCUGCUCGACCGGAAAUGGCAUUCUACUCGGUUUUGCGAGAUGUCUCGGAUCCUGGGCCUCAGGACGUGGAAGGAAGCGCAGCGGAUACUCAAGAGAUUUGUCUAUGGGGACGGACAUGUGAUGGAUCGGUUUGUGGAAGGGUUGUUUGAGCAGCGAGCCGAGCUAUGUCGGGGUGAAAGUGUUUUCGAUUAG